GAGUACAAAGUUGAACUUGACACUUCACAGCUGAUCAUACGUAAUCGAAGUAAUUUACUGAGAGCUUAGUCGCGAUGAUAAUAAAUAAUGGUGAUGAAUAGUGUAUAUAGAGUAAUUAUUAGUACUUUAGUGUUGAAUCAGUGCAUAGCAUACUUCAAUGUUGAUAAUCAUGAUGAAUGUUUUUGUCAAUUAUCCGGUAACAUUGAUGAAUGUACAUGUAACAUUGAUACAGUGGAUCAUUUUAAUAAUGUUAAAAUCUACCCCAGGCUGAAAAGUUUACUUCUAAAAGACUAUUUCAGAUUGUAUAAGGUAACCUUUUAAGCUAUUUAAAUGUAAUUUUGGAGAAAGUAUGUUACACUCAUAACCCAAAAAAGAUAAUGUAUGUCAUGCCUACUAAUUAUUUUCAUGUAAACGGCACUUACUAUUCUUAUUGAAGGGUAUGAAUAUAUAAAUUAUGCAUUAUGUUAAGUAAGUAAAUAAGAUAUCUCACUAUUGAAUAUUGAAAAUUCAAAAAAUCACUUGUAACCUUUUAGUAUACAAUAAAAACAAUAUAUUUAAGUCAUAUAAAAUGAAUAAAAAAACUGAAAGUUGGUCAAAAAUGAGGAUUUUAAGUGUUAAGUGUGAAAAUAUCUAUGUCAUUGUGAAAAAUUGGCAACUUUUGUAAUAUUUGAAAAAUUGAGAAUACUUUCAUACAAUUCUAUGUCAAUUAUUUAUUCAAAACACCAACGUUUUUACUGGUUUUCAAUCACAAUUUUUUGUCAUUAAUUCUUUCCUAGAUUGACACUGAUAUUAUCUUAAUUAGUUUCUAUGUAUAUGUGUGUCUGGUACAUUUAACAUUUUUAUCAUUCUUCAACAAUGGUUGUUACAGUUCGUUUCAUUUUUUAUAUAUUUAUAAAUGCCAUUAUUUUUCACAAUUGUUGUGUACAUUGUGUUCAAGCAAAAAACGGAAAUACUUUUCAUUGGAAUAUAUUAGAAAAAGUAGAAGAAUGUCAGUCAAAAAUUGAAAAUGUACAUAACUUUAAUAGUAUUGAAUUGUAUCCUACCUUGAGAAAACUUCUUAGUAAAGAUUUCUUCAGAUUUUAUGAGGUGAAUUUAAAAAGGCCAUGUCCAUUUUGGUUAGACGAUAGUAGAUGUGCAAUGAAAGACUGCCAUGUGAAACCUUGCCCACCUGAGGAGAUUCCUGAAGGACUCAAAGGAGAUACGCAACCAAAAGUAGUACAUGUAGAUCCCCAACCCAAAAGAAAAUAUUCAAAAAUGGUAAAUGAAGACUGCGCAACACAUCACAACGAUUUGGAUUAUUUGAAUAAGACCAUUUCUGAAAAACUACAAAAAGACUUGCAAAUGUGGGAGGCACAUGAUGAUGCUCUAGACAACUUUUGUGAUAUUGAUGAUGAUGAUGAAAAUGCUGAAUAUGUGGAUUUACUACUUAAUCCGGAGAGGUAUACAGGAUAUGCUGGACCCUCGGCUCAUAGAGUAUGGAAAAGUAUUUAUCUUGAAAACUGUUUCAGGCCGAAGAAAUCAUUUAAUUUUAAUCCAUACAUCCAGAGCAACAAAUUAAAUGAACUUUGUUUAGAAGAACGAGUCUUCUAUAGAUCAAUUUCCGGUCUGCACGCCAGCAUCAACACUCAUUUGUCUGCUAUUUAUUUGUUAUCAAAAAACAACGGGUUUGUUCUCGGAAAAGAUGAGGAAAAGUGGGGACCAAAUCUGGAAGAAUUCCUAAAAAGGUUUUCUCCUGAAACUACCAACGGAGAAGGUCCAAAUUGGUUGAGAAACUUAUAUUUUAUUUAUUUAGUUGAAUUAAGAGCGCUUGCCAAAGCAGCACCCUAUUUAGAAAAUGAAGAAUAUUAUACUGGUAAUGAUUCCAAUGACUGGGAUACACAAAUGGCUAUGAAAGAUCUUCUGCAUAUCAUCAGAUCAUUUCCGGACCAUUUCGAUGAAACAUCUAUGUUUAGAAAUAGCGAACAAGCAGAUAAACUCAAAUACGAAUUUAAACAACACUUUAGGAAUAUAACAAGAAUCAUGGACUGCGUGGGAUGCGACAAAUGUCGUUUAUGGGGAAAGCUCCAAACUCAAGGUCUGGGCACAGCUUUAAAAAUACUCUUCAGUGGAAAAUUUGAUGGUAUAACGCAAUUUGAAACAUUAGAUUCACACAACAAAAAAGAAUUUCAAUUGCAAAGGAAUGAAAUUGUAUCAUUAGUUAAUGCGUUUGGUAGAUUGUCAAAUAGUCUGUACAAAUUAGACGAUUUUAGACAAAUGAUGAGAGAGCGCAUGUGAUGUAUAGAGAAAAUUAAUAUUUCAUAAUAUUAUUCAUUAUUUUAUAUCUACUUUUUAGUUGAAAUCAAUGUUGACAUAACCAUUUCGACAAUUUUUACUUAAAAGGAUGAAAUUACUCAACUUUCAACAAUUAUGUCAAGACUACUGUAUAUUAACAGAAAAAUUUUAAAUUGAUUUUUUAAAAUUUUAAAUUACAUCUGCAUCUAUUUUCUAUUAUUAAUAAAUAUGUUUAAGUAAAACUUAUUUAUCUGUUGAUAUUGUUAUCACCAAAUAUUUCCAAUUAAAUAUUCAUUAUUUGAUGUAUAAGUUCUAAAAAAACUUUGGUUAGAACUAAAUUUUAUCAAUAUAUUGUAUUAGUGUGACAGAAAGUUGAUGUCUGGGUUCCAAACAAAUAUAUUAUAACCCUUAGCUACUGAAUACAUAAUUUUGUCAUGUAACGACUAUUGACUGAGAACAGUGAUCCCACAAACUGAUUAAAUAACAACAAAUAAGUAGUUAAGAAUAACUAUCAAAGGUCAAUUUUCUGGAACUGUUGGUGAAAUUGAAUAUACACAUAUACACUGUCAGACAUAUGUUUUGCGACCACUUUUCUUCCCCUGGAUGGCUCACCUUUUUGAUGUAGGGACAUUUUCUUCAAAUGUUGAAGGUAUUUUAAGUAAAAUUUUGAACUUAUUGGCUACAGCACUUCUUAAUUGUUGGGAGUUUAUACUGGGAGCGGACCCUGCCACUUCUGAUAAAGAUAUACACAACAGUUUGUGAGAAAACAUUCAUUGGUAACUUCGCACAUUUCUAUUUAUCAAGUUUCCAGAAAUGACCACUAAAAUUUAGCCCUGCAUCAUCCAAAGCACAAAGAAACUAAGAAUGUCUAUCUCUUUCUCUCCCCUCAAAUAAUUGGUGGAGGAAUAUCCAUGCUACAAUGGUUUGUGAUAAUUUUCAUAUUCCCAGUUGCAUAGUUAUGAUGGGAGUUUUGUAAUUCACUUCAACAUUUAUCGAGCAGAUCUAUAUCCAGUUUCAGUGCGUCAUUCAGACCGUUGUAGUUUAAGGUAUACAUUUGUAAUAAACUGAAAGUGUCAUACAAGAACAUUAUUGAAAUAAGCUUUAUAUAAUAUUAACUUUUUUCGAUUAUAAGAUUUAUUUGAACUGAACUACAGCAUUAUUUUGUAUAUAUUGAAAUGUGUAUAAUACCGUAAUUUUGAAGCUUAGAUCUAUGCUGAAUCUGUAUUCGUCAGUUCUUGUUAGAUUUUCUCUCGUCAAGUACUUGCUAUAAGAAAGUCAGUGAGGAGAUGUUACUUCUUUCUUUCAAAUUCUUUCUACUUCCAAAACUGUUUCUUAGUCAUUCUUCUUCUCCACAGAAAGGCGCAAAUGAAAGGUAUUUGUAUUCCUUUUGUUGUUAAUAUAUUGGUUUCCUGUAUGACCAGAAACCCAGACAUUUUUUCCCUUUUAUCAGAUUAUUAAUAUCAGCUUUGAAUCAAUAACAUAGAGGCUCAGUACUUCAAUAACCGUUUGACUACCAUCACAAUAUUCCGAGUAAUUUCUUUCCGGAUCAUUUUCAUGUAUCUUUUAAUUGUAUGUAAGGUGUUCAGGUACAAGUCUAGUAAUAAUGAGUUUUUGGUACAAGCCCUAAAUACCAAUUUCCCGUGGUGGUUUUCAAACUAUCUCUGUACCUGGACUUUCUUUUUGAACAGCCUCGUGGUUCUUUAUAAUUUCUACACUGAGAGGAUUCAUGAUGAGAUAUGCUUAUCGAGGACGAGGCUCUCUGAUUUUUGAUACUCAUUGCUCGCACCUUUCAUAAAGCCUGAUAAUGGCCUUAUAGGGUAAUAUUUAUCAUAAUGUUGAUUUACCCAUCACCUGAUUUCUAGAAAUGUUAUUUUGCUUCAGUCAUUGUCUAAAAGAUCCAACAUUGUUUUGGAUUUGUUUUUUGUACAAUAUCAAGCUAAUAAUAAGUUUACUUCUCAUUUGUAAAUCUAAAAAUAUUAACUUUUUUAUCAUCCCAGUGAUUUUAUUUAUAUCUGUUAUUUCAUAUUAUUCUUAAUGGAAAUAUAAAUUGUAUAAUUUACUAAUUUAUUAAAAUUAUGUACUGUACUGUAAUUUUGUACUUACAAAUUUGUCAAUACAAGAUUGUUAU